AAUAUAUGUAGUCUGUGGCGUUUUUUGUUUAUCUGUUGUAGGCACGUGUUGUUGUGUUUGUGAGUUUCAGUUGAAAAGUGGGAAUAAACAAAUGUGCAGUGUAUCGUAACUCCUAGCCGGUACUGUUUAUUUAUUUAGAAAAUUUUGUUGAAGUAAUGGGCAAAACUAAAAAGAUCAAGCAAGAGCCUGGUGCGGAAAAUGAACCAGUAGCUGAGGAGCAAGAAACAGCAGAAAUUCUCGAUGUUUCCACAAUUAAGAAGGAAGACUUAAGUUAUGACGAGAAGUGCGCAUUUGCUACGUCGAUUGCAAAACCAAUGGCCUCAAGGAAGCUUGCAAAGAAACUGUAUAAAUUAAUUAAGAAAGCGGCAGCCCACAAAACAUAUCUGCGGAAUGGUCUUAAGGAUGUACAGAGGAGGAUAAGGAAGGGAGAAUCCGGAAUUGUGGUGUUGGCAGGGGAUGUGACACCAAUUGACAUAAUGUGCCACCUUCCAGUUGUCUGUGAGGAUAGAAAUAUACCAUAUGUGUAUACACCAUCACGUCAAGAUCUUGGACAAGCUAUGGGUGUGAAAAGGAGCUGUAUUGUCAUGAUGGUGCGUGAACAUCAAGAAUAUAAAGAUACUUUUGAUGAAUUAGCAAAAGAACUAAAGACAUUGACUUACCCAAUUUAAAUGCUUUUGCAUUUUGUUGGUGAAUAAUUAUUGAAUAAAAUCUCCGAUCUCAUUAGAGAGAACAAAUAUGGGGGAACUGGGAACAGUUACUGUAAAUGACUAUGCAUUUUUCAAAAAAUAUAUAUAUUGAUUUUAAUAUGAACUAUUGCACACAACUUGACUGUGACAUUGCUUUGGUAAAGUGAGAGAUCUUUGUUCAUGAAUGUGAGUGCAUUAUUAAUAAAAACUGACUUUGAUGUAUCAUUAAUGCGUAAGUCAAUGAUCAAAUAAACCAUUAAUUUUAA